AUGCAAUUCACCAUCGUCGCCGCUCUGGCCAUGGCCGCCACCGCUUUCGCUGCUCCAGUCGAGGAGGCUGCUCAGCCCCAGGUCCUGAUCUCCCUUCCUCCCGGUUGCACCAAGAGCAACCUAGCCAAGUGUGUCUUGCACCUCGCCAGCACCGGUGGCAGUUGUGCUGCCGCCGCUGCCGAACUCGGUGCCAACCCCAUCGCUGACUUGAGUUGCGUCGGUUCUGCAGCCGGCACCGCAGCUAACUUUGAUGAGUGCAAGAGCUGCAUUCCCAAGAGCACCAGAGUCAUUGAGAACUAG